AUGCUUUAGAAUUAAGAGCUCUCUGCCUCUAAAUUUGACUUUGCAGAUGACCUUACCCAGGAUAUUCAUCAUUUAGCAAAAAAGCACAAAGUUCCAAAUUUCCUCGUUAAUGCGCGAGACAAUGACCUGAUUUUGCCAAAAGACAAAGCACGAUAGAAAAUGAAAAGAUUAACUCUUAGAAAGAGAAGCACUAAGUAUAGCUUUGAUUCAGAUGAGUCUGAUUUUGAACUUCCUUAGAAUGAGUAGCAUAUGGUGGUAAAACUUAAAGAUAAUGAUUAUUUGAAACUGUAUCAGAUGAAAAAUCCAAUGCAUGAUAGUGACAGAGAGUGUGCGAGAAGUAUAAUGUAUAAUCUAAAGAUGCCUGAUGAAUAAACAAUGAAAUUCAAUCCUUAUCUUAAUAAAACACCUGCAAAAGAACCAAUGUUGAAUUUGCAUACAUAAGAACUCUUUAGCAUGGCGUAAAUAACUCUCGAAAAAAAGCUUAAAUAUAAAAAUUACUAUGAAGAUGAAAUCAUAGCUGAGGAAAAUUUGGAAAUCGAAAACAAAAAGUAAAAGUAGCUAAAGAAUUUUUAGAAUAAUUACAUAGACAGAGAAAAUUCAUCUUCAAGGAAAAAAUAAGAUUUGCAGUCAAUUAUUGAUGAAUAGAUAAAAUAUAGAAUGCUGUUGUAAUAUUAAAAAGUUACAGAAAGACCUGGAAACUCUAAAAAUAAAAAGAAAAUGCCUCUGUCUAACCUCUCUCGAGAAAUACUUAUGAUUCCAUAACACAAACUUAAGGGAAAAUUCUUAUAGAAAAAUAAAGAGUUAGAACUUUUCAUGCCAGGGGGUAAUCUACAUAAAUAUGAUACAAAUACCCUUGUAAGCGAAAUGGACAAAGAGAGGCUAAUUAAAAAUUCCCCUGAAAUUCUAUAAUCUGUUCUAGAGAGAGAUUAUUCUGACCCAUUAAUCAGAUAUAACAUCAGCAAAGAAUUUUUGGAUCCUUAAGUAAGACGACAUAGAUCAGUAAGCGUUGAUGAAUAGUAAUAAAACAACAGCAAAGGAAUGGCUUGUGAUGUAGGAGUAUUCAUUUAAGAUAGCAAGAAUAGUUUCAUGAAAUUGCAGCUGAAAACCUUAGAUUAAAACAAACAUAAAAAGGGCAGAAGCAUGCUUCUUCUACCAGGUCUUAAUCCUCAUGAAUUAAAUCAUAGUAGAAAUAAGUAGAUUCAUCCCUACGGCGAUUAUACUCACAAUAAAAAUAAAUCCCAAGAAAUAUAAAAGCAAUUAUUCUAGAGUAACAUGAAGAUAAAUUAGAAUAUAAGAAAAACUUCAUAGAAAUAAUACGAUAUUCUCUAAAAGUACAAAAGAAAACUUGACUAGUGUGAUAAAUUGAUAGAUAAACAUGACGUUUAUAUAAAUCGAGUCGAAAGUACUUAGUUAUUGGUUAACAGGUUCACUAGCAAUAAUGAAGAAAAGCCCCCUAAUUUUGAGAUGUAUGAAAAACUAUUUUAGAUAAAAGAAAAAGCCUGGACUCAGAAUGAGAUCAGGAAAAUAGAUACUGACUACCAAAGAAAACUUCACAUAGCAUUAACUUAAAAGAAAUCCAUCGAAUAAUAAUUUUGA